AUUUACAACGCGUCCGGUCAAAAACAGAGCAAAAAAAAAGUGGGAAACGUACGGAGGGAGUCGCGACACCGUUCGUUUUGAGUUAUUAUUUCUCCCCUCCCCCCCGGCUGUAGGGAUGUGAAGUUGAGUGGUGGACGUGGUUCCAGGCGCUGGUGUAAAAAGGCGGGAGCAGGGAGGAGCAGGAGACGAUGUUGUCUCCAGGGCCUCAGGGAGGAUGUUCAUGAGCUUCUGUUGCUGCAUCUUCCCUUAGUCAGUGUCCCCUCUGCACCAUGGCGAGUGAUUACCUGUUCAAGGUGCUGGUUAUUGGGGACUGCACGGUGGGCAAAACCUCCCUGGUGCAGCGAUACGCCAACGACACCUUCAGUAAGAACUACAAAUCCACUGUGGGAGUGGACUUUGCUUUGAAGAUUAUACAGUGGUCUGACUCGGAGACUGUUCGACUCCAGCUUUGGGAUAUUGCUGGCCAAGAACGCUUUACCUCCAUGACCAGACUAUAUUACAGAGAUGCAGGAGCAUGCAUUGUUAUGUUCGAUGUUACAAAUACAGCAACCUUCCGGAAUUGCCUCAAAUGGAAGCAUGAUUUGGAUAGCAAAGUUGCUUUGGUGGAUGGAAGCCCUGUGCCAUGUAUUCUUUUGGCAAACAAGUGUGACCUGUCAGAAUGGGCAAUCAGCAGAAGUGAGAUUGAUGUGUUCAGUAAAGAAAACCACUUUUUCGGUUGGAUUGAAACAUCAGUGAAAGAAAACAAGAAUGUUGCUCAAGCCAUGAGAGUAUUAGUGGAGCAUUUGAUGUCAAAACCUAAUUUGGGACCUCCCAAUCAAAACCAAGGGGAUUACAUUCAAUUAAAAGAUAUGCCAAAAAGUGAACGUCAUUGGAAUUCAGCAUGCUGUUGAAAAAUCAUAGUGCACUACUGUGGACUUUGUAUGAUCUGUUUUCUAAUGCAUUUAAGUUAACUAGUUUUUACCAGACAAAUUCUGGAAGAGUCAUUGCACUAUUGUGGUUCUCAUUCAUGUAAGUUAAUACCUACAUUUUUGAAUAUUAAACGAACAGAUUUUUGAUCAGAA